CACAACAAUAACAAAGGGGAACAGUUAGGACCUCGCAAAGGCUCGGAAAAAGUAACGAUUUGUGUAUCUCCGAAUACAAAGGUCCUUAUAAUAUAUUUCUUCUGCGAAGAAAACUUUAUAUUUUUCUAUUUUCGAAAAUAAUCUACCUCAAAGUGUUAAGGAUUUCACCAGCGAAAAUAUCCGUCCUUUUGCUGUUUAGACCUUUCUUUGCCGCAGCUAGGUUCUGGUGUGAUUUUGCACACAUCCAGGUAAACUAUGACCGUCAUUUGCCCAGCUCUCCUCAGAUGAUAGUGGACCGUUACCCUACUGAGGCCCUGUAGCACCUGCAGCUGAUGCCCCAAGUGUCUGCAUCUCACUCUCACCCCGGUCCCUGUGCCGCCCAGGACAUCCUUCGUCCCACCGAACCUCCACGAGGAGUUCCAGAAUGUUCCAGAGGUUCACCAGUGUCCUGUUCGGGGAUGAAGCCACGGAGGUGAGCCGGGGAGUCCCUAGAGAACAGGGUUUUGGCCAGAAGGACGAGGAUGAAGAUUGGAUCCUGGUGGACUAUCUGGCUGAGGCCUGUUCCAGCCCCUGUGGGGACGGCCUGUCGGUGGAGGAUGACCUGGUGGUGGUCCCCUCUCCAAAGGCCAGCUCCCCCAUACCCAUCCGCUACGCCUCCUGCACCUCCCUUGACUCCACUGCUGACACGGAGGACGGUGGUCCCGAGGAGGAGGAGGAGGAGGGGGGCUUUCAGCGGCUGGAGGCCUGUUCUCUAGAGGAGAGUUGGUUUGUCACUCCUCCACCUUGUUUUGGAGGUGGGGGGAGGGGGAAACCCAUGCUUCUGGAGACCAGCCCUCUGGAGAACCUGCUGAUUGAACACCCCAGCAUGUCUGUCUACGCUGUGCAGAGCCCUAGACGACUCAACCUCAGUCUCCCCCCUGUUGACACGCCCGCCCCCUUGGGCACGGAGCGAGGACGGCGAUUGCUUGACAACCCCCGCCACAGGCCAGAGUCGGUAGUGCAGCGGAGAGCCAGCCUCCAUGCUGGCUGCUAUGUGACUGCCCUCUCAAUCCGGCCUUCAAGCCUUAUAGACCAGACCCAACAGCGCGGGCGCCUGGCCCAGAGGGUACGCGACACCGCCCAGCGCCAGCCUCUCUCCCGAAACGCCCUGCGGCGCCUCAACCUGCUACACGCUGGAGGGUCCAGGCAAGCCAAGGCCACCAGCGCCCGUCUACAACAGCCAAGCCAGAGGCACUUCAACUACUGAGGCCCUGACCUGUCCUCUUUCCCUCCGACCAUCGACUCGUCCAUCCCGCCCUCAAACCGGAUUCACAAAAAGAUGUCGUCCUGUUACAUGUUCUCCCUCCAUGCCACCUCCACCUGUCCUCCCCUCUGGAAUCAAGCGAUGUGAUCAGGAUGUCUUCUUUACGGACUCCUUGAGAACCAAUGCCAUGGGUGACUUUAAUCUGCUGCAGGAGCCCACUACCACAUGGUAAUUGGGAGAGACCCCUGUGGUGAAACGCCCUGCCUUCACUCACUCUGAAACGGUUGAUGAUGUCAUAGAGCGCUCGUGUGCUGUAGUGACUGACUGUUAUUGAUGUCGUAAUGUGGUUAUAUGCUGUCGGAUUGUGGUUGUGGGCUAUCACAAAAGGGCUUUUGUGGCUUAAUUCAUGAGUUGCAUAUAAUUUUUCUGCCCAACAGAGCAUUGUACUCAAUGUACCCUUAGAUGUGCGUUACUGAGGCUUGAAAACAGAUAACAUAUUUAAAGUAGAGAAAUCAUUAGAAGCUGAUCUUUUUUCAUAACUUUUAUGUCACCUGAUUUAUUUUUAAUGUAAUAUAAUGUUAGCAACUAAGAUUAAGGCGAGUCCACCAGUAUUGGGCAAGCUAACGUUAGCAUCACUAGCUAUUUUAAAUACCGUAAGUAAACUCUUAUGUAAUUUGUUCAGUUGCAUGAUUUACCUUCUUUGCACAUUGAUGUACACUGCUGAAAUUUAGUUUUGAACAUCUCAAAAAGGAAAUUAAUAACCAAAGCCCAAUGUGAAGAUAUUCUGUAUGGCACUAUUUCCAGUCUAAGCAGUGUCCAUUCCAUACCUUUUGUUUAAGCCAGUUAAGCAUAAAAGGUCCAGUUCAGCACAAAAAGAUGUGGUGCAACCCAUGAAUAGAAUGACUGUAACAUUAGAAUAGGAAUUAUAUGUAAUAACCUUUCUGUCAGUUGUGGUUUGGACAGUUACGAUAGACAAGCUCUAUUGUAGUUUAUGGCAGACUAAUGUCAUUUUUCAUUCAGAAGGAUGCAACUAACUCUUUAAAAUGACCAUAAAAUCACAUGACUAUGGGUGAAUCUGCCUUGAACACAGAAAUUCAGUACUUUGACAAUAUUGUUUUAGAACAUCAUGGUAAAAUACUGGGUUAAAUAUCACUAAAAGCCUUGUUAUAAAAGUAGAAAUAAAGAUGAAAAAUAAGUGUGAAAUAUAUUUUUUUUAAACUUCCAAAAUAUUUUUUAAAAGACAAAAACAUAUAUUACAUAUCAGUAUGAAAUUGGUAAAUGAGCGUAUGUUAUCCGCGUAGACAUGUUUGUAAGCAGCAGUUGGAUCGUUUUAGUGUUUAUUUUGUUGCAUGGUUGUAUAGCGCUAGUCUCCAGAUGUUAAGAAAAAAUGAAAAAAGGGUGUUUGUUUUUGUAUCUUAUUUGUCAUAGUUUGUUUUAAAUCUGCAGUCUACUUCUCAGGGUUAUAACCAAUCACCUAUACACUUACUAAAAUGCAGAUUACUUGAUGGCUUCAUUUUCUUUGCACAUUCUGGAGACCUUCCAAAUGUUUCAGUGUGCUUUGCCUUGUGGAAAUGUGUGUGAUCUAUGAUUAACCUUUUAAAAGAAUCAUGUGUGUAUCUUGAAAAUAUUUUUACCGUUUGCUUUCUCAAGGACUGUGAAAAUGAAACCUUACUCAAUCAACCGUUAACACCCACAUAGAUGGAGUGAAACUGUUAGUCUUUUUCAAUUUUGUUUAUAUAUUUGUUCAAUAUGCUCUCCAUUUUUUAAAGUGUGUUUUGCUAUGUUUGUACUUUAUUUGAAUAGUUACAAACCGUAGUAAUAUUAUGUUAAAAUACUGUAUUUAAACCCAAAAAAAUCUGUUAACUCGACCUUGCAGUAGUUUCUAUUACUAUUUUGUUUUUGCUUUUUUAGUAUAUGCUAGUUUACUUUUUACCAUGUUGGCAAAUUGGAGACUUUGUGUUGGUAACGGUUGUGAAGACAUAAAUCUGUGCAAAGUAGUGAUAAGAGACGUAACUGAAAAACACUAUGUUUUUAAGAUUCACUGAAUCUCUAUAAGUCAAGUCUCCAGGCAAACUCAAUAACUUAUGACCUGAUAUUAUCACCACCUGUUCUGAUAUAAUUUCAUCUGUUUUGUUGUACUUAUUGUGGGUGGAAAAUACACCGUAGGCCUACAUACAUACUCAUAUUUCCCAUUGUAGCAUCUAGAAGCACUAAUAACUUUUUUUUAGGGAUGUAGUUUUGUGUGAAUAUAGUUGUAACCUGAUUACAUUUGAGUGAUUUAAUCCUUGCUGAUUUAUUUGUGUAUCUUUUUAUUGUUAAAUGUCUCAGAUUGCAAACCUUACAUCAUUUGAAUGAUUUUUGUACUGAAUUGUUGUGACGUGAACAACAAGACGAAGGGAAUGGGAGAUGACAAGGUCCUUAUUUUUGAUGUUUGAAGCUGGAAGGAGCCAUUUUGUUUCUGUCCUCAGCUGUUUGUCUGAGCUCUUGAUGAUAAUAACAGGGAUUUGUAUUUUGUUUCUGCCUUGAAUAUGUUGUGGGUCACGUGCCUUCCAGGUUAAACAGUAAUAUGACAAUGCAUUAAUGAAGAACUUGAACUUUUGUCUAAAGGGACAACAAAAACAAAAAUAAAUUAACUAUGCACACAGACGUAACUUCUGUCUGUGAAUCACCCAUGUACAGAUUUUAUACACAAAUGUAGCUAACUUUUUUUUUUUUUCUAGUGUGAAGAAUAUUAUUGUUGCUUUUUUACCAAGUGUUACACUUUUGCUUUGAUUUAGUUUACUGGAAUACAGCACUUUGCCAAAAAAAAAGUGUAGAAAUUUGAGCAUUACCUGUUAUUUAUCUACAUAACUGAUCACUAUUUGUAUUUUGGAUGUAUGACUGAUUCAAUUCUGGUCAGCAAAAUUUGCAAAUGAGAAUGUGGUUGUCUGUUCUAGAACUGUAAUAUGGUCUGUUGUCAUGAUGUACACAUCACUCUACAAUAAAUGUUUUCAUACACACCAACAA